CUGGUAUUAAUGCCGCGAUGGGGACGUGACGCGGGGGCUUCUGUUCACGGCGUGCCUGGCGAUAUUGCCUGCACGGGUGUGAAUGCCCAUGCCCUGGCUGCAUUGUCUCCGUGCCGGAGGGCGUGGUGAUGCUGGUGUCUCAGAAAGACUGUCUUUUGAGUCAACAUGUGGCAGCGAAUCAGCGGAUGGUUUGCCGGUCCUCGGUGGCUUAAAACCGAGCUUGCCCCGCGAUGAAUGCUGAAUAUUUGUCGCGGGGACUCAUAGAUCACGACGCAUCCGAUCGUUGGAGCAUCGACACUUUGAGCUGCUUGUUCCAAAUUACUUUGGCACACUUCGAGCUCUCAGAACACAGCAAUCAUCCCCCCCAAAGACAUCAUGUCCACCCAGCACAGUCAGAUCCCGCCAGAGACCGCCAUGGCCGGCGUGCCAGCUCACGUCCGCCAUGUCCUCUCGCGGCUGCACGCCGAGUCCCUCGCGCAGGAGGCCAAGAUCUCGCCGAGCGACUACACGAAGCCCACGGCCGCCGAUGAGAUGCGCGACAAGUUCAUCGCGCUGGAGGAGGACAAGGCGCAGUACGUGUACACCCUGUGCCGCGCGACGGGCGCGCACAACAUCGUCGAGGCGGGAACGUCGUACGGCGUGAGCACCAUCUACCUGGCGCUCGCGGCGGCGGCCAACGCAAAGGCGAGCGGCAGGAAGGCCCGCGUGGUGGCGACGGAGCAUGAGCCCACCAAGGCGGCCAAGGCGAGGGAGUAUUGGAAGGAGUGCGGCGAGGAGGUCGCCGGCGUGAUUGAUCUGCGGGAGGGCGACUUGCGCGAGACGCUGAAGCAUGGCCUCGAGGACGUAGACCUCCUCCUGCUGGACAUUUGGACGCCCAUGGCCUUGCCCACGCUCAAGGUGGUGCAGCCCAAGAUGCGACCUGGCGCUGUUGUCAUCACGGACAACACCAUCGGCUCAGCGAGUGGAUAUGAGGACUUGCUCAAUUAUCUGCGCGGCCCUGAUAGCAAGUUCAUCAGCCUCACUCUCCCCUACCACAAGGGUCUGGAAAUGAGUGUUUACCUGCCGAAUUGAAGACUCGUCGAGACCUCGUGCCGUCUAUCUAU